AUGAUUAGGAAAAGACAUGCUUUGUACUUAAUGAUGUUGUCCUUAUUAGUUGGAUUUGUUCUUGGAGUUUUGUACACUUCUUCCUUUUCCGGACUAAUUAUGACCAGAAAAGAUUCAUCAUUAUUACAAGUAAGUCACAAAGGAAAAAGUGAUUCCAAAUCUACCGAGAAUCGUGAUGCCACGAGACUAAGCACAAUACUGACUAGGCCUGAAUUCUGGGGAACUGUUAUUACUAGAAGUGACACGGGUUGGCAAAAAAUGGAGAAGUUUUGUGAUCCAUCGGCGAAAUUCGUUCGUACCCAACUUCGUGGACCACAACAAACACCAAUAAACGUGUAUGCGCCACAGGAAGACAAGUGGGUUUCCGGAAAUAUCAUUCGACGAGGAAUAUGGGAAGGCAAACUUGUUAAGAGAAUUCACGAUAUACUGAAAAAUGAACCGAAAGUAGUUUUUCUGGAUAUUGGUGCAAAUGUGGGAGUCUUUUCACUGACUGUUGCCAAACUUGGUCGCUACGUCAUAGCAGUUGAUGCCCUUGAUGGAAAUGUCGCCCGUCUGUGUCGCUCCGUCCAGGAUGGAAAGUUAGGAAGUCAUAUGACUAUAAUUCACAAUGCAUUGUCAAAUCAAAGAGAAAAAGUGGCACUAGGAUCUCAUAAAAGAAAUGUAGGUGGAACAUAUGUUAAAAGGAAAGAAAAAUUAUUAAUUGAUAGAGUAGGUCAAAACAAAAUGGUAGUUAAUGCUAUUCUUUUGGACGACUUGUUAGAAAUUUUCAAUAUUGAAAAGGCAGUCAUCAAGAUGGAUGUUGAGAUGUUUGAAGCCAAUGUUUUAAAAGGUGCUGAAAAAUUCUUUAAAGCUGUGCGGGUUGAGUAUCUGCUAAUGGAAUUUGUGUCUCACAGAGGAAAGGAAAGUGGGGAUUUUAUAGUGGACUUUCUGAAAAAUCAUAGUUUAGUUUCUGAAUAUUCUGAUAGUAACCAUGCUACGUGGUCUGGCGAAGUUAUGUUUAAAAGAGUGCCUUUAUGA